AGAAGCUGCGAGCCUGCUAUCUGCAUCUCUUUUCAAAAGCAUGGAAUCAAAGGCAGUAUCCUGGGGAAAUUCCCUCCCUGUUCCUUGUGUCCAAGAGCUGGCCAAAGAGCCCUUAACAACAAUCCCACGAAGAUACAUCCGUCCAGACCAACAACAACAACCGAUUGUUUCCGAUGCAGGUUUGCUGUGGGAAAUCCCAGUCAUUGAUAUGCAGAGCUUGCUUUGUGAAGAAUCAACGGAAGCUGAAUUAACCAAACUCGACUUUGCUUGUAGAGAAUGGGGGUUCUUCCAGCUGGUAAAUCAUGGAGUAAGCUCUUCCAUGUUGGAGAAUGUAAAGAAAGGGGUUCAGGACAAGGUCAUUGGUCUCAGUCCUCAUUCUGAUGGUGGUGCUCUCACCAUCCUCCUUCAGGUGAAUGAACUAGAAGGCCUCCAAGUAAAGAAAGAUGGCAAAUGGGUUCCCGUCAAGCCUCUCCAAAACGCCUUCAUUGUCAAUGUUGGAGACGGUUUAGAGAUUGUAACAAAUGGAGCUUACCAAAACGUUGAGCAUCGUGUAACAGUUAACUCUGAAAUAGAAAGGCUCUCCAUUGGCACGUUUAACUAUUCAAAAUACGAUCUGAAAAUAGGGACAGCAAGAAGCUUGAUCUCUCAGGAGAAACCAGCAUUGUUCAAGAGAAUCACCACUGAAGAAUACAACAGCGUAAAGCUUGGCGGGUUUGAUCUCUAUCAGAAAGUUGUUAUGAUCUUACGUUGGAGUUGGGAUUCCAGUGGAGGCAAGGGUACAUACGGUCUGGUUCGAGCAUGUGAGGAUACAUGGGAUGGGAGGUUUCCUCAUCACAUACCAAAUAGACUUCUAGAAUCAAUGGAAGCUGAAUUAACCAAACUCGACUUUGCCUGUAGAGAAUGGGGGUUCUUCCAGCUGGUAAAUCAUGGAGUAAGCUCUUCUAUGUUGGAGAAUGUAAAGAAAGGGGCUCAGGGUUUGUUUAACCUUCCAAUGGAAGAAAAGAAAAAAUACUGGCAGUGCCCAGGAGAAAUGGAAGGAUUUGGGCAGGCUUUUGUUUUCUCGGAGGAGCAAGAGCUUGAUUGGGGUGAUCUCUUCUUCAUUGUAACCCAACCACCCCAUUUGAGAAAGCCCCAUCUGUUCCCUAAGCUCCCACUUCCGUUCAGAGAAGCAUUGGAACUUUACUCAUUGGAAUUGAAAAAUGUAGCCAUGGCUAUCUUAAGAAAGUUGGCUAAAGCUCUUCACAUGGAAACCAGCGAAAUGGAGGAGAUUUUUGAGGAGGGUUUACAGUUUAUAAGAAUUAAUUAUUACCCGCCAUGCCCACAACCAGACAAGGCCAUUGGUCUCAGUCCUCAUUCUGAUGGUAGUGCUCUCACCAUCCUCCUUCAUGUGAAUGAAGUAGAAGGCCUCCAAGUAAAGAAAGAUGGCAAAUGGGUCCCGGUUAAGCCUCUCCAAAACGCCUUCAUUGUCAAUGUCGGAGACAGUUUAGAGAUUGUAACAAAUGGAGCUUAUCGAAGCAUCGAGCAUCGUGUAACAGUUAACUCUGUAAUGGAAAGGCUCUCUAUUGGCACGUUUUACAAUUCAAAAUCUGAUGGGGAAAUAGGGCCAGCAAGAAGCUUGAUCUCUCAGGAGAAACCACCAUUGUUCAGGAGAAUCACCACUGAAGAAUACUGGAGGGUAAAGAUUGCUAGCAAGCUUAAUGGAAAAUCUCACCUUGAUACCUUUAGAUUGUAAAAUGGUUAAUUGGACUCAGGCCAAUGAAUGAUGUAGUCAUGUUUCAUGCAGCAGUGUUAUUUGAAUAAUAAGAAACAUUGAGU